AUGAUUUUCUCCAAAUCUACUGCAGUUACUGUGGCCUUAGCCUCUGCCUCCUUUUUAACUAAUGUCAAUGCUAACAAUAGAUUCUUGAAUGAUGACUAUGCUGACUUAGCCAAAGACCAACCUUCAAACUCCUACUGUUUAGGCCAAGAUAUCGUUCAAGUCGGUGAGUCUGUUGAUUUAAAUGGUGAAUCAAAUCAUCACGUUUUAGAAUCCUCUUCUGGUGCUGGCGCCAAAAGAUCCUUAGCUAGUGGUGGUAUUGCUGCUGGUGUUGGUGCCGAUGUCUUAGGUAGCACUGCCGACAUUGGAGCUGGUCUUGGUGGUUCUAUUUUGAAAAGACAUUUAAUUGACGGUGCUGCUGCCAUCGGAGCUGAUGCUGAUCUCUUAGGAGCUGUUUCUGCUGGUGCCGGUAUUGGUGCUG